GGGGAAAUUGUCAGUCACAGGUUCUUGUACAAACGUUCUUCUCCCAGGGCCAUGCUGCUGAUGUGUUUGAGGCCUAUACUCAGCUUCUCACAGAGAUGGUACUGAGGCUGCCAUACCAAAUCAAAAAGAUCGCUGACACCAAUUCUCGAAUCCCACCUCCUGUCUUUGAUCAUUCGUGGUUUUACUUUCUCUCAGAGUACCUGAUGAUCCAGCAAACUCCAUUUGUGCGCCGGCAAGUCCGCAAACUUCUGCUCUUCAUCUGUGGGUCAAAGGAGAAAUACCGCCAGCUCCGGGAUUUGCACACCCUCGACUCCCAUGUGCGCGGGAUCAAGAAGCUGCUGGAGGAGCAGGGGAUCUUCCUCCGGGCAAGUGUGGUUACAGCCAGCUCUGGCUCCGCCCUGCAGUAUGACACGCUCAUCAGCCUGAUGGAGCAUCUGAAAGCCUGUGCAGAAAUUGCUGCCCAGCGAACCAUCAACUGGCAGAAAUUCUGCAUCAAAGAUGACUCUGUCCUGUACUUCCUCCUCCAAGUCAGCUUCCUGGUGGAUGAGGGGGUAUCUCCGGUGCUGCUGCAGCUGCUCUCCUGUGCCCUGUGUGGCAGCAAAGUCCUCGCUGCACUGGCGGCCUCAGCAGGGCCCUCCAGUGCUUCCUCCUCCUCAGCCCCCGUGGCCACCAGUUCUGGACAAGCCACAACACAGUCAAAGUCGUCCACGAAGAAGAGUAAGAAAGAAGAAAAGGAAAAGGAGAAAGAGGGUGAGAGCUCAGGCAGCCAGGAGGACCAGCUGUGCACAGCUCUGGUGAACCAGCUGAACAAAUUUGCAGAUAAGGAGACCUUGGUCCAGUUUCUGCGUUGCUUCCUCUUAGAGUCCAAUUCUUCCUCGGUGCGCUGGCAAGCCCACUGCCUGACACUGCAUAUCUACAGAAACUCUAGCAAAUCUCAACAGGAGCUCCUGCUAGAUCUGAUGUGGUCUAUAUGGCCAGAACUCCCAGCCUACGGUCGUAAGGCUGCCCAGUUUGUGGACCUACUCGGAUAUUUCUCCUUGAAAACCCCACAAACAGAGAAGAAGUUGAAAGAAUAUUCACAGAAGGCUGUGGAGAUUCUUCGUACUCAAAACCACAUUCUUACCAACCAUCCCAACUCCAACAUUUACAACACCUUGUCUGGCCUAGUGGAGUUUGAUGGCUAUUACCUGGAGAGUGAUCCCUGCCUGGUGUGUAAUAAUCCAGAAGUGCCAUUUUGUUAUAUCAAGCUGUCUUCCAUUAAAGUGGACACGAGGUACACCACCACCCAGCAGGUUGUGAAGCUCAUUGGCAGCCACACCAUCAGCAAAGUGACGGUGAAAAUUGGGGACCUGAAACGGACCAAGAUGGUGCGGACUAUCAACCUCUAUUACAACAACCGAACUGUGCAGGCCAUCGUGGAGCUGAAAAACAAGCCGGCUCGCUGGCACAAAGCCAAGAAGGUUCAGCUGACCCCCGGGCAGACAGAGGUGAAGAUCGACCUGCCUUUGCCAAUAGUGGCUUCCAACCUGAUGAUUGAGUUUGCAGACUUCUAUGAAAACUAUCAGGCCUCCACGGAGACCCUGCAGUGCCCACGCUGUAGUGCCUCGGUCCCUGCCAACCCAGGGGUCUGCGGCAACUGUGGAGAGAAUGUCUACCAGUGUCACAAAUGCAGAUCCAUCAACUAUGAUGAAAAGGACCCCUUCCUGUGCAAUGCCUGUGGCUUCUGUAAAUACGCUCGCUUCGACUUCAUGCUCUAUGCCAAGCCUUGCUGUGCGGUGGAUCCCAUUGAGAAUGAAGAAGACCGGAAGAAGGCUGUUUCCAACAUCAACACACUUCUGGACAAAGCUGAUCGAGUGUAUCACCAGCUGAUGGGACAUCGGCCACAGCUGGAGAACCUGCUCUGCAAAGUGAAUGAGGCAGCUCCUGAAAAGCCGCAGGAUGACUCGGGGACGGCUGGGGGCAUCAGUUCCACCUCAGCCAGCGUGAACCGGUACAUCCUGCAGUUGGCGCAGGAGUACUGUGGAGACUGCAAGAACUCUUUUGAUGAACUCUCCAAAAUCAUCCAGAAAGUUUUUGCUUCACGCAAAGAGUUGCUGGAAUAUGACCUGCAGCAGAGGGAAGCAGCCACCAAAUCAUCUCGGACCUCCGUGCAGCCCACCUUCACUGCCAGCCAGUACCGCGCCUUGUCCGUCCUGGGCUGUGGCCACACAUCCUCCACCAAGUGCUACGGCUGUGCCUCGGCCGUCACAGAGCACUGUAUCACCCUGCUCCGGGCCCUGGCCACCAACCCCGCCCUGAGGCACAUCCUUGUCUCCCAGGGCCUCAUCCGGGAGCUCUUUGAUUAUAAUCUUCGCAGAGGUUCUGCGGCCAUGCGGGAGGAGGUCCGCCAGCUCAUGUGCCUCCUGACCCGGGACAAUCCAGAGGCCACCCAGCAAAUGAACGACCUGAUUAUUGGCAAAGUCUCCACAGCCCUGAAGGGCCACUGGGCCAAUCCUGAUCUGGCGAGCGGCCUUCAGUAUGAAAUGCUGUUGCUGACAGACUCUAUCUCGAAGGAGGACAGCUGCUGGGAGCUCCGCUUACGCUGUGCGCUCAGCCUUUUCCUCAUGGCCGUGAACAUUAAGACCCCCGUGGUUGUUGAGAACAUUACCCUCAUGUGCCUGCGGAUCUUGCAGAAGCUGAUUAAACCACCUGCUCCCACCAGCAAGAAGAACAAGGAUGUUCCUGUCGAGGCCCUUACCACAGUUAAGCCAUACUGCAAUGAGAUCCAUGCCCAGGCUCAGCUCUGGCUCAAGAGAGACCCCAAGGCAUCCUAUGAAGCCUGGAAGAAGUGUCUUCCUAUCAGAGGGAUCGAUGGCAACGGGAAGUCCCCCAGCAAAUCAGAGCUCCGCCAUCUCUAUUUGACUGAGAAGUACGUGUGGCGGUGGAAGCAGUUCCUGAGUCGUCGGGGGAAGAGGACCUCCCCCUUGGAUCUCAAGCUGGGCCACAACAACUGGCUGCGGCAAGUGCUCUUUACUCCCGCGACGCAGGCUGCACGGCAGGCGGCCUGUACCAUCGUGGAAGCUCUGGCCACCAUUCCCAGCCGCAAGCAGCAGGUCCUCGACCUCCUCACCAGUUACCUGGACGAGUUGAGCAUAGCCGGGGAGUGUGCCGCCGAGUACCUGGCGCUCUACCAGAAGCUCAUCACUUCAGCUCACUGGAAAGUCUACCUGGCAGCUCGAGGAGUCCUGCCCUAUGUGGGCAACCUCAUCACCAAGGAAAUAGCCCGCUUGUUGGCCCUGGAGGAGGCCACCCUGAGCACUGAUCUGCAGCAGGGCUAUGCCCUCAAAAGUCUCACAGGUCUUCUUUCCUCCUUCGUGGAGGUGGAAUCCAUCAAAAGGCACUUUAAAAGUCGCUUGGUGGGUACUGUGCUGAAUGGAUACCUGUGCUUGCGGAAGCUGGUGGUGCAGAGGACCAAGCUGAUUGACGAGACCCAGGACAUGCUGCUGGAGAUGCUGGAGGACAUGACCACAGGUACAGAAUCGGAAACCAAGGCUUUCAUGGCCGUGUGCAUUGAGACAGCCAAGCGCUACAAUCUGGAUGACUACCGGACUCCUGUCUUCAUCUUUGAGAGGCUCUGCAGCAUCAUCUAUCCUGAGGAGAAUGAAGUCACUGAGUUCUUUGUGACCCUGGAGAAGGAUCCCCAACAAGAAGACUUCUUACAGGGCAGGAUGCCUGGGAACCCAUACAGCAGCAAUGAGCCAGGCAUUGGGCCACUCAUGAGGGAUAUAAAGAACAAGAUUUGCCAGGACUGUGACUUGGUGGCUCUCCUGGAGGAUGAUAGUGGAAUGGAGCUUCUAGUGAACAAUAAAAUCAUUAGUUUGGACCUUCCUGUGGCCGAGGUUUACAAGAAGGUCUGGUGUACCACGAAUGAGGGAGAGCCCAUGAGGAUUGUCUACCGGAUGCGGGGGCUGCUGGGCGACGCCACUGAGGAGUUUAUCGAGUCCCUGGACUCCACCACGGACGAGGAAGAAGAUGAAGAAGAAGUGUAUAAGAUGGCUGGUGUGAUGGCCCAGUGUGAGGGCCUGGAAUGCAUGCUUAACAGACUGGCAGGGAUCAAAGACUUCAAGCAGGGACGCCACCUUCUAACAGUGCUGCUGAAAUUAUUCAGUUACUGCGUGAAGGUGAAAGUCAACCGGCAACAGCUGGUCAAGCUGGAAAUGAACACUUUGAAUGUCAUGCUGGGGACUCUCAACCUGGCCCUGGUAGCUGAGCAAGAAAGCAAGGACAGUGGUGGUGCGGCUGUGGCCGAGCAGGUGCUUAGCAUUAUGGAGAUCAUUCUGGAUGAGUCCAAUGCUGAGCCCCUGAGUGAGGACAAGGGCAACCUCCUCCUGACGGGUGACAAAGAUCAACUCGUUAUGCUCUUGGACCAGAUCAACAGCACCUUCGUUCGCUCCAACCCCAGCGUGCUCCAGGGCCUGCUUCGCAUCAUCCCAUACCUUUCCUUCGGGGAGCUGGAGAAGAUGCAGAUCUUGGUGGAGCGGUUCAAACCAUACUGCAGCUUUGAUAAGUAUGAUGAAGAUCACAGUGGCGAUGAUAAAGUCUUCCUGGACUGCUUCUGUAAAAUCGCAGCCGGCAUCAAGAACAACAGCAAUGGGCAUCAGCUAAAGGAUCUGAUUCUCCAGAAGGGAAUCACCCAGAAUGCACUUGACUAUAUGAAAAAGCACAUUCCCAGUGCCAAGAACUUGGAUGCUGACAUCUGGAAAAAGUUUUUAUCUCGCCCAGCCCUGCCGUUUAUCUUGAGACUUCUUCGGGGGCUGGCCAUCCAGCACCCUGCCACCCAGGUUCUGAUCGGAACCGACUCCAUCACAAACCUGCAUAAACUGGAGCAGGUGUCCAGCGAUGAGGGCAUUGGGACCCUGGCAGAGAACCUGCUGGAGGCGCUGCGGGAACACCCUGACGUAAACAAGAAGAUAGACGCGGCCCGCAGGGAGACCCGGGCCGAGAAGAAGCGCAUGGCCAUGGCCAUGAGGCAGAAGGCUCUGGGCACGCUGGGCAUGACGACCAAUGAGAAGGGCCAGGUCGUGACCAAGACGGCGCUCCUGAAGCAGAUGGAGGAGCUGAUCGAGGAGCCGGGCCUCACGUGCUGCAUCUGCAGGGAGGGGUACAAGUUCCAGCCCACCAAGGUCCUGGGCAUUUAUACCUUCACCAAGCGGGUAGCCUUAGAGGAGAUGGAGAACAAGCCCCGGAAACAGCAGGGCUACAGCACCGUGUCCCACUUCAACAUCGUGCACUACGAUUGCCACCUGGCUGCCGUCAGGCUGGCUCGAGGCCGGGAAGAGUGGGAAAGUGCCGCCCUUCAGAACGCCAACACUAAGUGCAACGGGCUCCUUCCCGUCUGGGGGCCCCAUGUCCCUGAGUCAGCUUUUGCCACCUGUCUGGCAAGGCACAAUACUUACCUCCAGGAGUGCACGGGCCAGCGGGAGCCCACGUACCAGCUCAACAUCCACGACAUCAAGCUGCUGUUCCUGCGCUUCGCCAUGGAGCAGUCCUUCAGCGCGGACACUGGAGGAGGCGGCCGGGAGAGCAACAUCCACCUGAUCCCGUACAUCAUCCACACCGUGCUUUACGUCCUGAACACAACCCGAGCAACUUCCCGAGAGGAGAAGAACCUCCAGGGCUUUCUGGAGCAGCCCAAGGAGAAGUGGGUGGAGAGUGCCUUUGAAGUGGACGGGCCCCACUAUUUCACUGUCUUAGCCCUCCACGUCCUGCCCCCCGAGAAGUGGCGAGCCAUACGCGUGGAAAUCCUGCGGCGGCUGCUGGUGACCUCUCAGGCCCGGGCAGUGGCCCCAGGGGGAGCCACCAGGCUGACAGACAAGGCGGUGAAGGACUACUCUGCUUAUCGCUCUUCCCUUCUCUUUUGGGCCCUCGUUGACCUCAUUUAUAACAUGUUUAAGGUGCCGACCAGCAACACGGAGGGUGGCUGGUCCUGCUCUCUCGCGGAGUACAUCCGCCACAACGACAUGCCCAUCCACGAAGCUGCCGACAAGGCCCUGAAGGCCUUCCAGGAGGAGUUCAUGCCAGUGGAGACCUUCUCAGAGUUCCUCGACGCCGCUGGUCUCUUAUCAGAAAUCACUGAUCCGGAGAGCUUCCUGAAGGACCUGUUGAACUCAGUCCCCUGAGCACCACACAGAAAUGGCGGGCGACGGAGACGGAAGCCAGCCUGCCUCUGUGUUCUCCCCUCCUGUGUGUGAUUUCCACCGCAGGUUGCUGCAUCAUUGCUCCUCCCUCCUCCCUCCCUCCCUUUUCCUGGAGUGGCUUGGGGAUUUUAGGCUUCCUGUUUUAUCUUGUGUGUGUGGUGCACUAGCCAUGAAGUUGUCUGUAACCCAAGCCGUCGAAGGACCUGUACAUACCUAGGAGCCACGAGUUGUCCUGGCCAACUGAAUACUUGAGUGUGCACAUCUUGAGAAAUAAACAAAUGACUUAAUACACAUUGAAAAGGAAGGUGUUGCCUGU